GUGCUAGAUAUUCUCUCAUUAUCAUUAUUAAUGGUCAACUGUGUUCAGUUGACAUCACAUCACGUGACACCGUGCCACACGUCAUGGCCACACGCCGCAACAGAACAUUCCUCAUUCUCGUUUUAUUUUCCUCGGCCGCGUGUCUCGACUCGGCGCUUUCUUCUUUCUCUGCCUCCGGGGAGAUCCCUGAGAUAAAACACCAGGCUCUGUCUUUGAGUCAUUGUUUGUCUGGAGUGGAGCAGCUAUCGGUCCUUGUUAUCUAUCGCCAAAACAACGAUUACGCCAUCCAACCGCACAAAAAAGUCCCUUCAUCCAUCCCAUCCUCCGCCUCCCCACGCUGCGUGAACCAUCUUCGGUGGUGUUUUUUCUUCUUUUCCGUAAGGACCUGAAUACUGAUCGCCUCGGAUGAGAGUCGACGCCCAAACCCGCACGCAUUCAUGAAGUCCGCACUCGUCCAACCCUCUGUCUGGUCUGUUCACCGCCCCACGAGCCAUGGCGGAGCACGAUGCCCGACAGCUGCAGCGUCGCUCGUCCUCGCGAACCUCCUCGUCCUCGCGACAUAGCCAGAAGGCGAAGACCGUCCGCGCCAUCUCGCAGAAACGUCUGUC